UGCAGUGGCAAACAUGAAAGAAAUUGUGAUCAGCUCAACGUUGAUAUUCUUCGUCAACGGAAAAAAGAUUGUGGAGGAAAAGCCAAAUCCGGAAUUAACACUUCUGACUUAUUUGCGAGAAAAUCUCCGGUUGUGUGGAACGAAGUUGGGAUGUGCUGAGGGUGGAUGUGGUGCGUGCACGGUGAUGGUGUCACGCGUGAACCGAGACACGAAGGAGGUGCAACAUUUGGCUGUUAAUGCAUGCCUGGCGCCUCUCUGUUCCAUGCACGGACUCGCUGUGACGACGGUUGAGGGAAUUGGCAGUACCAGGACACGGCUGCAUCCUGUCCAGGAGCGCAUUGCCAAAGCUCAUGGCUCCCAGUGUGGCUUCUGUACUCCUGGAAUCGUCAUGUCCAUGUACGCCACGCUGCGCAGCAUCCCGAAGCCCACAAUGGCUGAUCUGGAGACAACUUUUCAGGGCAAUCUCUGUCGCUGCACCGGAUAUCGUCCUAUCAUUGAAGGCUUCCGCACCUUCACCGUCAACGGAGGAGCUCAGAAUGGAUGUGCAAUGGGGGAGAAGUGUUGCAAAGUUGCCGGAAAUGGGAGUUGUAGUGAAGAAAGUAACACCCUGUUUGAACCAAGUGAAUUCAUUCCGUACGAUCCCAGCCAGGAGCCAAUUUUCCCACCAGAACUCAAAUGCUCCGACAUCCUGGAUCGUCAGAGCCUCAUUUUCAGCGGUGAAAGAAUUUCCUGGUAUCGUCCCACAACGUUCAACGAAUUGCUGGAUAUCAAAAAGAAAUUCCCCAAUGCGAAGAUCGUUGUUGGGAAUACGGAAGUUGGGGUUGAAGUUAAAUUCCGAAACUGCAAUUUCCCAAUUCUCGUGUCAACAACUGAAGUUUCUGAACUCAAUAAAAUCUCCGAAACUUCAGAAGGAUUGAAAGUUGGUGCUUCCGUGGCUUUAUCUCAAAUGGAACAAAAACUGAGGGAGUUGAUUGAGAAACAUCCCGAAGGAGAGACGAGGAUCUUUAAGGCAGUCAUCUCGAUGCUUCACUACUUUGCUGGCAAACAAAUCCGUAAUGUGGCUUCUGUUGGUGGGAACAUCAUGCACGGAAGUCCCAUUUCUGACUUGAUCCCCAUUUUCACGGCAGCUAAAGUUGAAUUGGAAGUCAUGAAUGUGAGUGGGCAGAAGAGAUCAAUUCCAAUGGAUGGGAAUUUCUUCACGGGCUACCGACGAAAUCUUAUCCGUGCAGAUGAGAUUCUUGUGGCUCUGGUCCUUCCAUUGACGCGUGAGGAGCAACAUUUUGUAGCUUUGAAGCAGGCAAGACGCAGGGAUGAUGAUAUUGCCAUCGUCAACAUUGCUGUGAAUGUGAUCUUUGAGGGGAUGAAAUCCACAAAAGUAAAAUCUCUCGAUUUGGCUUUUGGUGGAAUGGCUCCAACUGUCGUAACAGCCCCUAAAGCAUCCGCCCUAGCAAAGGGAAAGGAGUGGAAUCAGGAUCUAGUUGAAGCUAUUUGCGACACACUGGCCAGUGAACUUCCUCUGGAUCCUGGAGCACCAGGUGGGAUGAUUCUCUACCGCAGAUCUCUCACACUGAGCCUCUUCUUCAAGGCCUUCCUCGCCAUUAGUCGCGAUCUGAAACUUGAGGUUGCUGAUGAGGAAAUCAGUGGAGCUCAUGCUUUCAAGGCUCUUCAUCCGAAAUCCACGCAGACAUUUGAGAAAGUUCCCGAUGGGCAGGAGCCGUGGAAUCCCAUCCGACGUCCUCAAGUUCAUGCUUCGGCCUUCAAACAAGCCACCGGAGAAGCUGUCUACUGUGACGACAUGCCUCGCUUUGAGAAUGAGCUCUAUUUAGGAUUUGUCUUGAGCACUAAAUCUCACGCAAAGAUCAUCAGCAUUGAUGCUGCUGAAGCUCUUGCAUUUCCGGGAGUUGUAGCGUUCUAUUCAGCUAAAGAUUUGCCAAAAGAUAGAAAUUUUUAUUCUGGACAGGGAUUUGAUGAGGAAGUGUUUAUAUCAUCCAUUGCAACAUCACAGGGACAGACUCUUGGAAUUGUUGUUGCUGAAAAUCAAUUUCUUGCACAAAAAGCUGUCAAGAUGGUGAAGGUAGUUUAUGAAGAAAUUUCUCCGCUAAUUAUUACAAUUGAAGAUGCAAUUCAGCAUAAAUCCUUCUUCCCUCAAUAUCCUGGAGAUAUUGUAAAAGGAAAUGUUAUUGAGGCUCUGUCAAAGGCAGAUCAUGUGAUUGAAGGAGAGGUCAGGAUGGGUGGACAGGAGCAUUUCUACUUAGAAACUCAUGCAGCAAUUGCAACACCUCGUGAUGCUGAUGAGCUUGAGAUCUUCUGCACAACUCAAUGCGUUGAUCAAGUUCAGCACUAUGCGUCGUCUCUUUUGGAUGUUCCACGCCACAAAAUUGUUGUUCAUGUUAAGAGAAUCGGAGGAGGAUUUGGCGGAAAGGAAACCAGACAUCCCUUAGUGGCUAUUCCUGUGGCAUUCGCUGCUUAUAAACUUGGUCGUCCAGUUCGAUGUAUACUUGAUCGGAAUGAAGAUAUGUUGAUGACUGGGACGAGGCAUCCCUUCCUGUACCAAUACAGAGUUGGAUUUGAGAAGAAUGGAAAAAUCACAGCAGUGGACAUGAAGAUGUACAACAAUGGAGGCUAUUCCUUGGAUUUAUCUCGAGAAGUGUGCAACGUAUCGAUGCAUCAGUUCCUAAAUUGCUACCACGUACCCAAUGUUAGGGUUCAAGGGCGGAUCUGUAAGACAAAUCUUCCCUCCAAUACAGCCUUUCGUGGCUUUGGAGGACCCCAAGGGAUGUUUGCAACUGAACAGAUCAUUCGAAAAGUAGCUCAGGUGCUCCAGAAAGACUACCUGGAAAUUAUGCAGGUGAAUCUUAUAAGGAAAAACGACUUGACUCACUACAAGCAAAUCAUUGAGGAUUCCAAUCUCUUGCGAUGCUGGCAGGAAUGCAUUGAAAGCUCCCACUUUCACGAGAGACGCAAACAAGUGGCAAAAUUCAAUGAGAAGAAUCGUUGGAGGAAACGUGGAAUUGCCCUGGUGCCUGUAUGUCAUGGAAUUACUUUUGGAAUUGAUGUUUGUCAUCAAGCAACAGCCCUUGUGAUGAUCUACACCGAUGGGACUGUGCUAAUUUCACACUGUGGCAUGGAAAUGGGUCAAGGACUCCACACAAAAAUGAUACAGAUCGCCUCAACAGAGUUCGGGAUUCCCUUUGAGCAAAUUCACAUCGCUGAGACGGCAACGGAUAAAAAUCCAAAUGUUGUCCCAACAGCUGCGAGCAUAUCUUCCGAUCUCAAUGGUGUAGCCGUGAUGGAUGCCUGUAAAAUCCUCAUGGAACGCCUUGAUCCCAUCCGGAAGGAGAAUCCAGAAAAAACUUGGGCUGAAUGGAUAAAUUUGGCAUAUUUGGAUCGUGUAUCACUUGUAGCUGUUGGACAAUGCGUCCUGCCAAAGUUAGAAAUGUACUCCGAAGAACUUCCAACAAGCAAAGAGAUUUUCUAUUUCACAAAUGGCGCUGGAUGCUCUGAAGUGGAGAUUGAUUGUCUCACUGGGGAUCAUCAGGUCAUCCGUACGGACAUUGUCAUGGAUUUGGGAUCGAGCAUUAAUCCAGCCAUUGAUAUUGGACAGAUUGAGGGUGCCUUCAUGCAGGGAUAUGGAUUGUUUACGCUCGAGGAGAUGGUUUAUGCUGCUGAUGGGAUGCUCCUGUCACGAGGCCCCGGAGCCUACAAACUUCCGGGAUUUGCAGACAUUCCCGGGGAGUUUAAUGUCUCCCUCCUGACUGGAGCUCCCAACCCGAAGGCUGUUUAUUCCUCCAAGGCCGUCGGGGAGCCUCCACUCUUCUCCGGUGCAUCCGUUUUCUUUGCCAUCAAGGAAGCCAUUGCAGAUGCACGUCGGCACGAGAAUCUUGAUCCGGAUUUCCCGCUCGUGAGUCCGGCUACAUCUGCUCGCAUUAGGAUGGCAUGCCAGGAUAAAUUUACAGCGAAAUUCCAACUACCGAAGGAGGGUACUUUUACACCAUGGAACGUUAUGCCGUGAUAAUUAAUCCAGAGGGGAUUCAUUAGAGGAGCUACUCACUCACACAAUGUUGAAGAAAAUUGCGUCUUAUCAGUGAACUUCCUAAAAAUUUAUUCCAACUGCUGCCUCAGUGAUACGCGGCGAUACUUCUCAUCAACACUGAUGGGAAUCUUUCGACGAGAGCUCCGAGUGCGAGCACAUCAACUAACUCAACUUGAGCACUUCAGUCUCGUCAGAUCCGUUGUUGGAGCAACAUUAAUUAAAAUCAAUUGAUCUACCAUUGAACAGCACAAAAAUUUUAUAUUCAGUGUGCCUCAAAAAUUUUAAAAUAAAAAAAUUGUUUGAUUUGUAAA